GUUGAACAUUAAAAAAUAUAUUAAAAUAAAAUAAUAAUAAAAGUGAUCGAAGAACAAUAAAAAAAUUGUUAAAAAUAAUUAUUUUACUAAUUUUUAGUAAAUUUUUUUCGGAGUAAGAUAUUUAUCCAGGUGGCGUUGCCCCUGGACAACCAGCUACUACCAUGAUCAUGGAAGGGUUGGAUACCUUGGUGCCGCCAUCGCAUCACACAUUCCUUGCAUUACAAGAUCAUUUCAACGCAUUUUGCUUCGACACUGUCGGGAGUUUUAUGAAAACAGCUGCGACUCCAACGAGUUUCCAUCUCACGAGCAACAAUAAUAACAACAAUAACAGCAGUAUUCCAAAUAAUAACAACAAUAAUAUUAUUGGAGCGACACAGACAAGCAGCAACGGCGGUCAAAUAACUCAAAGUCAUCACAACUCGUUGCAUCAAUUGCAUCAAGCGCAACAAGAGCUCCGUCAUCCAUCGGCUGCAACCUCUUCAAACAAUUCAAACAACAACAACAAUUCAAGUAAUACAAAUAACUCGAAUUCGAGUAGUCAGAGCAAUAAUAACGCGGAGACAAACAGCAACGUCUCAAAUAGCACGUCGUCCUCGUCGUCGCAUUCUGUGAACAACAAAAGUAUCACGACGACAGCGUCGAUCAUCACGGCAUCCGCAACGAUUAUCACAUCAGCGAGUCAUCCGACGCUCAGUUUACCGCAGCAUCACAGCACGAAGGUUAGCGAGGCAAAUAACAACAACAACAAUAGCGGAGACUUGAACACUCCCGUUACAACUUCCAGUGAUAUUCCCUCAUUUUUUGGCCCAUCGACAGUCGUUGAACCUCCGCCGAUCACAAGUUCAAUCGAAUCUGAAGACAUUUCAUUGGAGCAUCCGACAGUUUCAAGCCCUUGCGGGAGUUUGUGCAGUCCCCCAUCGAAGCAAGAACGAACGACGCCGCCAUCCGUUAUCGUCGAAGAAGAAGCCAGUAAUACAAGCGGAACAACAAUGGGCAUGGGAAGCGGAGGACAAUCGAGCGGCGUUAUGCUGAGUCAAAUGUCUCCCCCGAGUGCAUCUGCGGGUUUGAGUAGUUGGAAUUUACCAUCGCCCGACAAAACUCUCUUCCAUAACCCCAUGUUCAAUCUUGGUCCGGGACCUUUAAGUAGCGCCCAAGCACAUUAUGCUCCUCAAACGAGUUUACCAUCGAAUAUCGCAUCUCCCAAUGCGCAUCAUCAUUACGGCGUAGCGAGCGACGAUCGACCUCAUCACGUUGAAUUAUUGGGUCUAACGAUGGAAUGUUCGCCAAGCAUCGUUUUACGUCAACCUCCGCAAUACGGAAGUUGUGUACCCGUAUCGUCAAUGUCUCAAAUGGAAAUGCAACAUCAGCAGCAGCAACAGCAAGAAAUGCAACAGUAUUCGCGAAAUCAGAAUCUCAUGUCGUCAAAAUAUCAAUGGCCUGAUCCCGAAAUGGAAUACAGCUCACAAUCGCUUGUCACGACAAAUCCGGGUCCUGCUUCAAAUUCCUCCGCAUCGAACAUUAUACCAAAACAAGAACCAUACACGACGCCCCAUCCAAUGUCGAGUGACAGUAAUUCGCACAGUAUGCAAUCGCAAAGUAGCUCGUAUCAACAACAGCAGCAGCAACAAUCAUCGUCGAUGCAAUUGGCGGAAUACAAUCAAGCGACGAGUAAAGGUCAUGAAAUUUUGUCGCAAGUGUAUCAACAAAGCCCGAUGCCUUUGAAAUUGGUUCCCGUUAAACCGCGCAAGUAUCCAAAUCGUCCCAGCAAGACGCCCGUGCACGAAAGACCUUAUGCAUGUCCCGUCGAGAACUGUGAUCGUCGAUUUUCUCGCAGCGAUGAACUAACAAGGCACAUUCGCAUUCACACGGGUCAAAAACCAUUCCAAUGUCGUAUUUGUAUGCGAUCUUUUUCGCGUUCCGAUCACUUGACGACGCACAUUCGAACGCAUACGGGCGAAAAACCCUUCUCAUGUGACAUUUGCGGAAGGAAAUUCGCGAGAUCUGAUGAAAAGAAGCGUCAUGCAAAAGUCCAUUUGAAACAACGGAUCAAGAAGGAAAAGUUGUCGAACAACGGGACAAGUCAACAAUCGACGACAAUGCAUAUGAACCAACAAGCGCAGCAUCAGCAAACGCAACAUCAUCAUUUGCAGCAACAGACACAUCAUCAUAUUGUGUCGCACUAUGGCGCGCACGACGAAAUGAUGCCCAUCGUGACGUCGAGCAGCAAUAGUUUGUAGGGAGAUGUUUCGUCGGUAGAUAUUAUGCGAAUCGAUUCAACAAGCACGCCAGAUCCCGUACACAGAGAUGCAUUUAUGGGCUAUACAGCAACCACCGAUGAUGAUGUAUUUUUAGCAAGUGCAGGCCAAAAACGCAAAAAGCAACGCAAAGACGUUGUUCAACUUCAGCCAAACAACAAAGAUGACGACGUCGAAAGUAAUAAUAGUAGCGAUAACGACUCCAUUAUUGAUGUAGAAGACGACAAUUUGUUACCAUCAACCCAACAAGAAGCACCGCAAGCAACAACCAAUCAGCAAGAACAACAAAUCUUCAUUGUCCUGUUUGUCGAUUAAAUGUUUCUGUCCUUCCGCAUCAUCGCACAACCCAAAAACCAACGGUAAGUGUCAUAAAUGUCUAAAAUUGCAACGAAAAGUAAAAAUAUAUAUGAAUUGAAUCGGAAUCCCUUAACUUGGAAAAUUCGCAAAAUAUCCAUCGACGAGCUAAAUAG